CUCCUCGCGCGCGCGCGCCUGCCGGGAGCGCCCCCCCCCCGCUUGUUUUCCCCUCGGAGGAAGAUGAAGGAGAUGAAGCAGAGGAGGAAGAAGGAGCGCACGUGGGCCGAGGCCGCCCGCCUGGUGCUGGAAAACUACUCCGAUGGACCCAUGACCCCAAAACAGAUUUUGCAGGUCAUAGAAACAGAAGGCCUAAAGGAAAUGAGAAGUGGCACAUCCCCGCUGGCCUGCCUGAAUGCCAUGCUCCACUCCAAUUCAAGGAGCUGUGAGGGGCUUUUCUACAAACUCCCUGGGCGCAUCAGCCUUUUCACCCUCAAGAAAGAUGCUGUGCAGUGGUCCCGGAACCUGUCUGCCCCUGAAGGAGAAGAGCUGGACGAUGCCGCUGAGGCCGAAAGCAGUGGCUCCAACGAAGCCAGCACUGUGAGCGGCGAUAAUGACAUAUCUCUAGAUGAAACCUCCUCAAGCGCCUCUUGUUCCACUGAGCCUCAGAGCAAGAAUGUACCUGCUGUUCGGGAGAGCCAUAGAGCAGCCUCACAGGCAAGCAAACAGAAGAAAAAGACAGGAGUGAUGCUUCCCCGUGUAGUUUUGACUCCUCUGAAAGUCAAUGGUGCUCAUAUGGAAACUUCUUCAGGGUUCACAGGGAGACAAGUUGGUGGCGAGAGCAGCAGCAGCAGCAGUUCCUCUGCCCUGAGCGGCAACACUGCUAUACGCAGCAGGACAGAAAUCAGCAGGGACCCUCCACAGCUGAUCCGAGGAUUCCGGAAACCCACAAGUGGACAAAUGAAGAGGAACCGAGGCGAUGAUGUAGACUUUGAGACGCCUGGCUCCAUUCUCGUCAACACAAACCUGCGAGCGCUGAUAAAUUCCAGGACCUUCAAUGUUUUGCCCCUGCACUUCCAGCAGCAGCUGCUUCUCCUUCUCCCUGAAGUGGACAGGCAGGCCGGGACGGAUGGGCUGAUGCGGCUUAGUGGGAGCGCUCUGAAUAACGAGUUCUUCACCCACGCAGCCCAGAGCUGGAGAGAGAGGCUGGCUGAUGGGGAGUUCACUCAUGAAAUGCAGGUUCGCAUAAGACAAGAAAUGGAGAAGGAAAAGAAAACGGAGCAGUGGAAGGAGAGGUUUUUUGAGGACUACUAUGGGCAAAAGCUGGGCUUGACUAUUGAGGUGCCUCAGCAAGAAAAAGCAGCGCCAGUCAACAGAGAGACCAGGUCUGCCUCAGCCGCCCAAGAGGAACCUCCAAGGGUGCAGCGUGGCCCUGUCACCCGGCAGCGAGAUGGACUCUUGAAGAAGCGCGCCCUCCGGUGCAGAACCCGGGAGAGCCUGAGCAAACUCUGCGAGGUGGAGCACGUGGAGGCGGCGGCCAAAGAGGCACCGUCCCCGGAGCCGAAGUCCCCCAGUCAGAGGGACGCGAAGCCGGAAGUGGACUUGUGCGAAAGGAGCCGGGUGUCUCCGAAAUCGGAGAUUUCACCUGAGGCGACCAAGAUCCAGAGCAAGGUAGAAGAUGCGAUGCCGGCGGCCGCAGCGUUGGGCAGAAUCCCCAGCCUGUCCCAGGAGCCCCAAGACCAGGAGUCCAAGGAGCAGAAGAGGAAGUGCUUUGAGCAGGCUGCCUCCGCCUCCUUCCCCGAGAAGAAGCCCCGGCUUGAAGAUCGUCAGUCCUUUCGUAACACAAUUGAAAGUGUUCACCCAGAAAAGCCACAGCCCACCAAAGAGGAACCCAAAGUCCCACCCAUCCGGAUUCAACUUUCCCGCAUCAAACCCCCCUGGGUGGUUAAAGGUCAGCCAGCCUACCAGAUAUGUCCUAGGAUUAUCCCCAAUACAGAACCCUCCGGCCAGGACAGAAACGGGGACUCAGCCUCUGCUGACUUUAAGGCCUGUGCUGUGCAAGGCAGGAUCCAGCGAGAGGCUGCUUCUCCUGCCACCGCCAUUGGAGGUGGGGGUGGGCCGGGAGGAGGUGGAAGGAACACGGAUGAAGGCGGUGGUGGUGGUGGCAGCGGCUGCAGGAUCCGGCAGCCCGGUCACCGCCCCAAGUACUGGAGAUCGAAGAGAACUCGUGGGAAGUGCAGGUCAGAUUUACAGCGAGCACAGCUACUGUCGCUUUCACACCUAGAAGAGGAGACCGGCUUUGAGCUGGCCAAAGCGGACUCUUGCGUGCAAAAGGCCUCUUCCCCACAGGCUGAGGGAGAUUUUGCGUUUGGGCAGGCCUCCAGCCUGACUUCACUUCGGUCUGAAGGUGCUACCCAGCUUGCAGAAGCUUCCGGGGGCAGCUGCUCGGGAGGCGCUGUGGCCGAGCCGUCCCUUGGUCACCUAGCCACGGAGACACCAGUGGGCAGCUCUGGGCAGCUCCCAAGUGAUAUAAGUAGUGAACCGUCUGCAGGCGCUGCUUCCCAAGAGGGACGUGGUAGGAAGGAGGGAAGUGAAUUUUCUCCAAGCAGCAAACAAAGCCGUUCUCCAGUGGCUCUCUUCAAAGGUGCAAGUAGAACGGAAGGGCAUGAGCGUGGCCACUGUUCCCCUCCGAAUUGUGCCUCUAUUCUGAAAGAAACCACCCCUGGUACUUCUAGCCGUACCAUUGGUCUGGAGAGCAAACUAGAAAAGGGGCUAGAUAUGACAUCUGGCCCAAACACAGAGGAGCAUAUCCCCAAUCCAGAGAACUCCAGCAUUGCUGGGACAGAGGAACUCUCCUCACAGUUCCACAUGUCCCCAAGCCAGCUGGCCCCACAGUGGCACGAAAGAGAAACGCCAGGCGGGCUACACAACACCAGCAAGGAGGAAGUUUCUCUGUCGAAGCCAUUGCUGCUGUCUGAAGGCCUUCCCCCGUGGGAGGAGUUGCUGAGGACAGGAGUGGAGACAGACGUACAGCAGGUGAAGGCCAAGCCAAGCACCAGCCCCUCCAGUGACGAGGAAACCAGGAGCAUUCUGAGCGAGACAACGGAGACAGCAUCCGACUUGGAAGCUGAGCUGACGGAUGAGAGUGCAGAGUUGGGGCAGGACUACAGCAAAGCUACCGAGAAAGGAGCUGAUCCCGACAGGGGCCACCAGGAGGAAUAUAACAGGAUCAAGUUAGAAAGUUUGGUUAGAACUGACACUUCCUUGUGCAGGGAGGGCUUGCUGUCAGAAGCGGGGGCCACCAACACCUGUCAACUGCAGGCAUCUCGUCUGCAGGAAGCUUGUGAAUCUUCCCUCGGUGUUGAUGCAGAAGGCCAGGAAAGACCUCUGGUGGCGGAGACCCCCAAGCCUCUGUCUAUAGAAGCAAGCAACCCUCUGGUGGUUCAGUUGCUCAAGGGAAGACUGCCUCUCAAAGCAGUUCUUCCAGGGGCCCAUAGCAGCCCUAACAUAGUAGCUGCAGCCUCCUCUCUGAACAAAGUUUGUUCUUUCCCAGUAGAGAGCAAGUGCAAGAGUUCCCUUUCCCAAAAGCCCUCUAGGGGUGAGGGGUUGGACACAAGUGGCGAAGUCGGCAAUGGAUACCGUGCACCAAGGUUUCUGAGGGACUUCCCCAAGAGGCAGUGCACUUCUGGCCCAACACCUUUGCCUGUGGAGAGGGUAGAGAAGGAACCAGAGAAAAGCUCAGAGUCUCCAGAUCGAGCAGUGGGUACUUCCCAGAAACCUGAUAAGCUGGGCCUGGGAGGAGCAGCGUUCUCUUCCUGCACUUACAACAACCGAAAAGAUCCCUCUGCCGCUGUCCCUGCAGAAUCUCUUGCCCCUGGGAGCCCAGAAGAGAAGCUGAAAGCGACCGGCACAACCUCUCUGGGUCCAGAUCAACCGAGAGGAGGAGCUCUUGGGAAGAAGGUCUUUGGCUCUGGCUUCGCCUGCAGUGCAGCUGCCAGAGCCCAGCACUCCAGAGUCCUGGAACCAUCUCCCAUCCUGGGCAUGCUUUCACACAGUAAGCUGCUGCCGCCCCCCAAGAGUGCCGCGCCUGGACAUGGCGUGCAAGUCGCAAGGGAAGACUGGCCUCCGAAGCAGCGUGCGCACGUUGGAGGCGGCGGCGGCAGAGGAGUGGAGAACAAGAAGGUCCUGCCAUGCUCUGGCCCAGCCAAGAGGAACGUGGAGAAGAGGAAGGAGGCCCCUCCAAGCCCUGUGGAGCUGAUGGAGCACCUGCAAAGCAGCCCUCUUGUUGGGAACUUGCCCUUUUUCAAGUGGCCAAGGGAACUGGGGAAGGGACUUGCCCAGCCCCUGGAGCCUUCCUCCAUCCCUUCCCAGCUCAACAUCAAGCAGGCCUUUUACGGGAAGCUUUCAAAGCUGCAGCUGAAUUCCGCCGGCUUUAAUUGCGCCUCCAGCGUGCCAGGCUUCCCCAGGAGCCUUGCAGGAAGCAUGAUGCAGCUAAGCCACAAAGCGAACUUUGCCACGUCCCGUGGCAUGUCCCUCUCCGCACAGAUGUUUGCCGAUAGCGGCAGCAUGGAAGAGAUUUCACUCAAGUGUUCAUGCAGCCUUAAAGCCAUGAUCAUGUGCAAAGGCUGUGGGGCGUUUUGUCAUGACGACUGCAUUGGCCCCUCCAAGCUUUGUGUGUUGUGCCUUGUGGUAAGAUGAUGAAUUACGGCCCUGGAACAGGGAUUUGGGGUGGGUGGGAGCUGUAUAUUUCGUGUGUCUGUUUUGAUAACGAGGAUUCUGGAACCUGUACACAAAAUAUUCUGGUCAUAAUAGAGGCAAUGUUAGCACUGUAUAUUUGAUUUUCCUGCUAGGAUUGGACCAUCCCAUUUCUGAGGGGUUCCCUGCCCCCACCCACAAGAAUUGCUGAACGUUCUGCUUGCUUAAUGCCUUCCUUGGCACUAGUGAUUUGUGUUCCUUGAGCCCUUUGAGGAGGGAGGGUUUGCUCCAUGGGAACUGGAGCCAGCACCAUCCUCUUUUCUUUCUUUCUUUCUUUUUUAGCGGCUGGGUUAAGCAGACCCCUCUUGGCAGGGGGAGCAGAAUUCAGUCUUCCAUUCUCCCUUCCUGCAAUCUCCCCGACUUGGGUUGGGGGAGAGAGGUGGUUGUUUUUCUAGAUCCUUCCACUUAGAGAGAGCAGGAAAUAAAUGGUUGUGGGCUUUAGGGCUGGACUGCAGGACGAGGGUCACCACAGAGAUGGUGAGUGUGGCGUCAUCUUCCGUAUUGGAGGGGCCUGGCUGUGCGCAGCUGUGUCAGGGCAGAGGCUUCAGCUGCCCUUGUCUUCUGUCGCAGGCAGCCUCUGCGCCAGAGGAUUUGUAACCACCAAGGGGCAGUGGGGCUGGGUGUGACCUUUUUAUUUUCUAAGCAGAAUUUUUUAAACUUUUUGUUCUUGGGUGUAAAAAGUGAAAUGUUUGGCUCCUAUAUGUACCCUCUAUGCAUCUGUUGGAUCAUGUAUUUAUAUGUUGUACACAGUACUGGGCAAUUCUGUAAAUUGAUGUUAUGUACAUAAAAGGGUUUUUUAAAAUUCAUUUAUUUUUCAGGCUGCAGCAGUAUUGCAUUAAAGUGGUGUUGGUUACCAAUUGCUGUCCAUAAUCGGAGCUGCUGUUGUGUUCUGUCCUGCCUCACGCCUGCAACGGCCUCUCCUGCUCUUUGAGCAAGAGGUGCGGCGUUUGUUUCAGGUCUCGCUCAGCUGCUCUGGCUCCGAAGUUGUGCUUCUCACUGCCCCUCUUGCAACUCUAGAGGGAGCUGGAGGCAAGCGCUCAGGUGGCACGUUUAGCCGGUGGGAGCAGGCAAGCCAGCGCGCCUCGCCUUUGGGUGCCCUGCGUUGGCUGCAACGGGCUUCCCUCUUGAGGGGCGAGAGAGGAAGCAAAGACUCCGUUUUCAUUAGAGCAAAUGGAUAGCGAAGGUCAGUCAUCUUCCUCUUCUCCUUUAGCUCCUACCUACCUCUUCCUUGACCGGACUCCUCUUUUUCAUUAAUUGUAGCCCUCCCCGCUCAAAAGCUAUAGAAGUGUAAAACCUGGACCUCGUUUACCAGAAAGGUUUACUCUUAAAUCAAUGUAGCAGCUUUUUAGUUGGAAACACGGAGAUGAGAGAGGUUAAAAGAAUUGCGGUAUUAAAGGCAACUAAGCUGAUGGUCUAAAACCUGCUUACCAAAGAUGGGGGGGCAGAGUUGGGGCCCCUCACUCUGCACCCCCUCGGGGCCACUGUAGUGUACAGACUGAUGCUGGUCUGGUGGGGAGGGGGGAGUCCUCUCUGAUGACCCCUGGUGUUGUAUGUCCCUUGUGGUAUUGGAAAAAAAAUAAACAUUUUGAAAAAGCAAA